AUGUGUGUUCAAGGUGAACCGUUGAGGUGUUUACCGUUUAGAGCAUGGGCGCCAGGUCAUCCAAAAACUGGUAGUUCAAGAAAAGAGUGCGUAGUUCUAGCGAGCAACAGGUACUGGGAAACAGAGGACUGUUCGAGGAGGUUGCCUUACAUUUGCGAACUCGUGCCGAAUGGUCCUCUGAGCCCAGUGGAACGGUACUGUGCACCGAUUAACAACAUCAAACGUAGAAAAAAUUGUAUUUUACGUAACCACAAUCAAUUUGAACAAAUAGAGCAAACAAAACAACAAUGCAAUGGUAAUAUCAACACAAACAAAUCUGAAGCCAUUAAUGACAACAAUUAA